AUGUCUGGAUUCGAAGAACCUCUUUCUAGUCCAAAUAUGGCAAACUCCAUUGUUUUUAUGAGUAUAAUUUGCUAUUAUAAUUCAAGAUGAUGAAUUCUUAAAUAACUUUAAAAUGAAACAAUCUUAAUUCACUAUGCUUGAUAAAAUAAAGCUCUCCCGAGAAGUUAGUGAAUAAAGUAUUCUCUCCUAAGACUCUGAUGAUUUUGAAGCCAAACAAGGUUUUAAGAAUUAGAUAUGGAAGGAUAGAGCACUUAACAUUAUAGUUCUUGUAGCUCGUUUUGUUACUUACUUAUUGACUAAUUCAGAUAAAUUUAAAUUGAGAUAUUUAGAUCAUAGAUAAUUCAAAGUUAUUGGAGAUAAAGCUUCAAAUUUUAACUUUUUUUUAACACACAAAUUGAUAAGAGGCAAAUCUAAAUAAGGCUCAUUGGUAAAUUGUAAAUAAUUAUUUUAAGGAAAUACUAUAAACAAAAAUUAAGUUUUACUUUAAUUUUCUUAGAGUAUUUGGAUCCAUUAUUAAACCUAUAAGACCUGAUCAUUCUCUUAAACUUUAUUGGGAUGUCUUAGUUUUUCUCAUUCUUCUUAUCAAUAUUUUAUACAUUCCUCUUAAGAUCUCAUUUGAAAUAAGCGUAGUUGAUGGAGCAGACUUUUUUUUAGAUACUUUACCUUAAUAUGUAUUUGUUUUUGAAAUUUUACUUAAUUUUAAUGUUGCUUACUAUUCAAGAGGUGUACUAGUUAUGAAUAGAGCAUAAAUUUUUAAACAUUAUUUAAAAGGUAAAUUUGCUCUUGACUUUAUUGUUUUGAUUCCAUUUAUGAUAGGAAAAUCUAAUAUUCCUUAUGUUGAAUUUGUAUUACUAUUUAGAGUAUCAAGAGUAAUUAACUAUUAAUAUCCUAUAAGGUUAUGUAUAUUUUUGAAAAUAUAGUUGAAACUAUGAAUCUUAGAGUCAAUUUUGCUUCCUUUGUUGAUAUUAUUUCAUUAAUGUCAACCUUCUUAUUUGCAUCGCAUAUCAUAGCUUGUAUUUGGCAUUUCAUUGCAAUCUAAGAAUCAACUUUAGAAGAAAAUACAUGGAUUUAAAGAGCCAAUUUACUUGAACAUAAUUGGUAAGCAAGAUAUAUUACAAGUUUUUAUUGGGCUUGUAUAACUACAUUAACUAUUGGAUAUGGUGAUAUCAUACCUGUAUAUAAAUUAUCAUUUAUUUUUAAAUAGGUUACUUAAUAUGAAAAAAUAUUUGUAAUUUUUGUUACUCUUCUAAGUUCUAUUAUUUUUGGAUAUACAAUUUCAAGUAUUGGGUCUAUUUUUGCACAAAUGAGUGAAAAUAAAAAUUAUUUAAGAGAUAGAAUGACAAUGAUUGAUUCAUUUCUUAAAAAAAGAGGUUUGAACAAGGAUUUAUAAGUAAAAGUUAAGAAAUUCUUUGAAUAUUUUUUAAAAUAAGAAAGAGAUUUAGAAUCUGAAUGUGAAAAAUUAAUGAUUCAUUUAUCCGGAACUUUAAAUAGAGAAGUCAAAAUUGAUUUUUACAAAAAUAUGUUGUAUACAUCUAAAUUAUUCAGGCAAAACUUUUCUCCUUAAUUCAUAGAAAAGUUAUGCAUUCUUGUUAGAGAAUAAUCAUUUGUUCCUGAAGAAAUCAUCUCUAUUGAAGGGUAUUGAUUAUUUAAUUAUUAGAUAAAAAGUGGAUAAAAUUUAUUUCAUUCUCAAAGGUGAAGUUGAAGCUUACAUAAGUAAUAAUAAAACUAUUAAAAUUUAUUCAAGAAGUUAAGCUCUAGAUGAAAAAUCUUUUAUUUCAUAAAAUCCUGCUUUAUUUUCUACUAGAGCUGUUAAGUUUUCAAAACUAGCUUACAUAACAUAUGAUGAUUUAAUAGAAUUAUUAAAAUACAAUUAAGAAGAUAGAGAAAACUUUUUUCAAGUUAAACAUUAAAUUGAAUUUGGUGGACGAGUUAAAAUGGGAGGCUGUGAAUUAUGUCAUUAAAAUCAUGAUUUUAUUAAAUGUCCAUUUGUGUUUUAUACACCUAAUAGUUUAAGGUUAUUUAAAAAAAAUGAUUAUGAUGAAAAGUAACAUAGAAAAUUCAAAAUACGUUCUAGAUUAGAAGAAAAAAUUCAUAAUGUAAUGUAAAUUAAUAACUAUUCAUAGAACUCACUUUUAUAAUUAAGAAAUAUUUAAUCAACAGUCUUUAACUAUUGUGCAUACUAAGGAUUGUUGAAUGAAAUUGGACCCAAUUCAGAAUUUAUUUUAUCAAAUAAAUUUAAUUUCUAAUAGGAUUCUGCCUAGGAAGAAAUAGACCCAAGUAUUACUAAUUCAGAUAAUGAAUCAGUAUAUAAACCAAUCAAAUCUUAAAAUUAUUUACAAAUUAAAAGAGAUUCGAAAAGAAAAGUCUCUGAAAAUAAGGAUUGUCAUUCUAUUAAAUCAAAAAAAAAAUAAACCAGAAUUUCUAUAUAAAGGGUUUGUUAAUAAAAUAGGAAUUCCGGAUAAUAUGAAAGAGAACAGUGUAUGUAGGAUAGGAAAUAUAAAUCAAACGCUAAAAGAGCUACUCUAAUCUUAAAUUAGAUGAAACUUGAUUAGAGUGAAAAGUUAGAUGAUGAUCCUUUAUAAACCUAAUUUUAAUAAACUAUAGCUUUAACUUUAUAGACCUAAUAAUAGUAAGGAUUAACACAAUAAUCUUCUCCAUGUGGUUAACAGUAUUCAUCAUCAUUUGGAAAGGCUUUCGAUAUAGAUCAAGUCCAAUUUAUUGAAAUGGAUAUUGCAAAAUUAAUGGCUAAAAAGGAAUGUGAUAUAGAUACAUAAAAAGAAAUGGAAUUUUAUGAUACAGGAUUUAAUUUGUAAAUAGUUGUUGGAAAAUUGAAAAAAGUAAAUAAAAAGUUGCCAUUAAAAUUAAAAAGAAAGAGAAUGAGAAAAUCAUUUGCAAGAUCCCAAUCAAUACGGCAUAUUAGCUAAACAAAAUCUUGA